UCACAGCUAGGGUAAGGGAAAGGGUCUUUUGUAUCCAAAAUUCCCAGAUUUUCACCUCCUACAAAGGACCACUGUCCUAUCAAACACAUUUGACCUUAUGCCAUAAGUAAACUGUUCUAUGGUAAAGUUCCUUGGCUUCCUGCUGUAUGUAAAUGAUCAGGAAUAAUGACUUCUGAUUGGUAGUGUCUAUAUGCAAAUGAAGGUCUUAUAUCUGGUCCUGUGAACAGCACUAUAUGCAAAUGAAGGCUUGAAAAUAGCACUUUUCUAAUUGGUCUGUGUAGGGUGAUGGUAGCCUCACUAUGCACUAUGAGGAGUGCCCCUCUCCCUGUUGCCCUGUCUCACCAUGAGAAUUGGACUUCUGUGAUCUAUUUUAUUAUGGCUCCAGUCACACUUCGAAUUGCCCUUUUCUUAAUUCUGAGGACAGGUUCUAUGAAUUGUCUGAGGCAGUAAAGGAUCAGAGCAAGUACUUUUAGACUCUAAAGUAUUUUAGAAGAAUUCUUCAUAAAUUCAAAUCUCUAUUAUUGCUCAGUAAUAUUAUACACUCUUAAGUUAACCCUCAGCUUUCUCAACUCUGAUAUACAUAUAAUUCCUGUGGUAUUACCAGGAUGGAAUGAAAUGUAAUGUGAACGAAUUAGCACUUGCUGGGAUGUAGUGCAACUCUCAUUGGUUGAAAUAAAACACAAGAUAGCAGAAAUGGAAACCAAGCUCAAUACUGACAAUGAAGUUACAGCAGGAGUAUUUUUUUUAAGGAGGAACAAUAAUUUUAUGGAGAUAUUGCUCAGCUUUUUUCUUCUAAAAGGUGGUGAAUGGAAAACUCGCUAUGAUGCACAGCUUGAAUUAAAUGAUCAACUAGAAAAACAAAUUAUAUCUCUGGAAGAGAAAAUGAAAAGAAUCCGUGGAAAUCCUUCAGAUAGACUAUCUUCUAUUCAUGUUUAUGAGCGAAUGUCAGUGGAAUCCUUAAAUACAUUACUUAAAGAACUAGAAAAAGAAAAAAGGAGUCUGGAAAGUCAAGUGAAAGACUAUGCACUGAGACUGGAACAAGAGUCAAAGGCUUACCAGAGGACAAACAAAGAACGGCGUACGUAUCUAGCUGAAAUGUCUCAGGGCUCUGGCUCACAUCAAGUUUCUAAAAAGCAACAGAUGGAACAACUGCCUAGAAUGAAAGAGAAUCUAGUGAAAACUGGAAGACACAAUUCAGUUACUCAGAAGACUGUGAAUGCUAAGAGAGGACCAGUAAAAAAGAUUACAAAAUCAAAUCAUCUUCCAAAACUCAAUCAAUGAUUUCAGAAUUGCAUGGGUUUCAAUUUUUUCCUUCUCUUUCUUUUUUCAGGUACAAUAUUCAUCUUAUGAAAUUAAUGUUCAAUGUAUUAUUCAGG